UCGAUAUCUAUAUCAUCGAUAAGUGUGAAAAAUGUAAUCACAAAUGAAUCACCGGAUGGAAAAAGGCUUUCAACUUUUUCUAUGAAAAUUACUUUUAAGAUUGCUUGGAAAUGUCUUAUAUGAUAUAAAUAAUAUAAUGAUAUACGCGCUCAUUUUUAAUUUAAUUGUGUUUCCACCCCAUGUUUGAGUUCUUAACGUGUUCAAAAGCAUUUUGGAUUUCUCCAAACGCAGUCACACUAUUGUUAUCGCUAAUAUUAACUUAUUGUUUAUAUUGUAAAUAUUGUAUAUGAAACAUGUUCAAGUUAGUUUUUAAGCAGUUUAAGUCCAAAAGUACUAGUCCCGAUUUAACGGAAGUAGUUAGGAUCGAUGACAGUGUAGUCAAGGGGAUUGAUCAACAACAUAGUGAUAAUAAUAUUGUUCAACGAAUAUUGUUCAGCAAUGUAGAAAGCUUACAGACAAUGCCAGGCAUAAAAUCGCCAAAAGAUUGGCGAUCUUAUACAUUAACUAAUCAUCCCGGCAUUAUUGUUAUUCGGAACCCAUUCUCGGAACGAGGACGACGUUAUUGGAUAGCCCGAUGUCUGCGGGAUUAUCCGCGUACACCAAAUAUAGUCAAUUUGAAUGAAAGACUCUUCGAUGAAUCCAUCAGAUCAGACUGGUGGAAACAGCUUAGUCUGUGUAGCGAUGCCAAUGAGUUCCAACGGAUUAAAUCUGCGAUGCGUUGGACGACAUUUGGAUAUCAUCACAAUUGGGAUACAAAGAUCUAUGACGAGGAGAUGCAGUCACCGUUUCCCGAAGAUUUUAACAGUCUAUGCAGAUUGUUUGCGCAAGCGUUAGGAUACAGUGACUUUAAGCCUGAAGCUGCAAUUGUAAAUUACUAUCCACUUGGUAGUACCUUAUCGGGUCACACAGAUCACUCUGAACCAAACAAAUCGGCACCUUUAUUUUCAUUUAGCUUUGGUCAGACUGCAAUAUUCCUAAUUGGCGGAAGAACCUUAGAAGAAAAGCCAACCGCUAUCUACCUUCAAUGUGGGGACGUUAUGAUAAUGUCCGGAGAAUCGCGUCUAUGCUAUCACGCAGUUCCCCGUAUCAUCAAAACUCAGACUUCCGCGACUUUAACACUGAUAAAUGAAGAUGUGGAUGAUGUAGAUAUUGGAACGAAUUCAAUGGAUAAAGAUUUAUUUCAUGACGUAGGCAACCCCCAAUUUUGGGAGCCUUUUUCGAGUUAUAUGGAUGAUUCGCGUGUUAAUAUCAAUGUACGCCAAGUUUUAAAUCCAGGAGAGUUAAAGCUAUAAAAAGUUUAACAUAUACAAAAAAAAGUUUUACAUUUUUUCGGCAAUUAAAUUAAAAAAUAACCGCAUUU